GUGUGGAAUCGAAGGUGACGAGAGUUUAAAAAAAAACCUGAUGUGCACAAAACUAACAUGACAUAAACUGUAUAGAAUUUGUGAUGGAGUAUAAAUGUAUAAUUUUUUCUUGUUUGUUGCUGCAGAUUUGUUCAACUUUAGACCAAGCAUCGUUCUAUGGAAACAGUUUUAUUUCGUUGCCCUUUAAAGAAGCGAAAAGUUCUACAGAUAUUUCUUUUAAGUUUCGCACCAAUUUGCCUGAUACUUUAAUAUUACUAGUGGCUGGUUCAACUGAUUAUUGUAUUGUUAAACUAGAGAACAGCAGAAUCAAAGUUAUUAUUAAUCUUGGUGCUGGAGAAACCGAAGUAACCUCUCCGCAAAAUGCAAAAUUUAGCGAUUUUAAAUGGCACGAGGUAGUGAUCGAAAGAAGAGAAGCCAAUUUAUCUGUAUCUGUAGAUAAAACACACAAAGUACAAAAGCAUCUUCCAGGAAAAUUUUUCGAGUUAAACAUACAUUAUGGUUUAUUUAUUGGAGAUCACAAAAGUAGGAACAAUUCCGACAUGUUCUUCGGGCACGUCGGUAAAUUUAGGGGAUGUCUAUCAGAGUUGAAAUAUAAUGGAGUUACGGUGUUGGAACAGGCGAGACAAAGGCAGUCGCAAGCGACUGUACAGGGUGUUACGUGGAAUUGCGCCGCGGAAUUCGAAGCGAAUGUAGAUAGGCCGAUUAGUUUUGUGGAAGACGAUGCGUUCGUUGUGAUACCUCAGAAAAUUCAAAACAAAGAAAUCAAAAUAACGUUCGAAUUAAAAACCAUUGCUCAAGACGGGUUAUUAUUUUACAACACCGGCAAAAGUACGAAGCAAGAAUAUUUUUCGUUGGAAUUGGCGAAUCGUAGUGUUCGAGCCACGAUGAAAAUACACGAGAAAAGUGUGGAGGUUUAUAGUUUGGAGGAGGUAUCGGAUGGGGAAUGGCACAAAGUGGUUUUCCGUUCGACGCCGAGUACAGUGGAAUUGAUAGUGGACGAGAAAAAGUUUAGCGAAUCGAACACGUUGCGUCAUAAUUUUCAAUUUACCGACAGUUCCUAUUUAGGCGGGAUGGAAGUUAAUAAACGAUAUAGAGCAUCAUCGAAAGGUUGUAGAAAAUGUGAUAUUAGUUUUAAAGGCUGCAUCCGGAACUUCAAGUCGAUGGACGUAAGAAAAGGCCUGCCAGACGCGCACGUUACCGAAGGCAUACUUCCGGGAUGCAUUUGGAAUUAUCCAUGCCUGCACAAUCCUUGCAACGAUAACGGGACGUGCGUCCAGCAGGGCUUGGACUCCUUCCAGUGCCACUGCAAGGAGGACUUGUGCGUAAAGGUUAACUACACCGAAGGAUAUAAAGUGUUCUCUAAAAAUAGCCUGGCCACGGAACUGGAGUUGCUAGCCGUCGAACCGCUCGAAGUAGUCGAGGGAGAAAAUCAAAUAAUCACGACGAAUAAUUUGCAUAUGAUCCUCGAUUAUCAGAAGUACGGCAUCAAGGAUACGGGGAUCAACUUCUUUAUUGUCGAAGGGCCUGAACACGGAAGCGUCACAAUCGAUAUUUGGCCUCACGAGAAGAGCGCCUUCUCGUUAUCAGACAUUGGGCGCGAUAAAGUUUAUUACGUUCACGACGGAUCGGAACACACGCACGACUCCAUGGUCCUCGAGGUCGAAUUCUCCCCAGCCGACACUUUUAUCCUGCCCGUUUACCUACAAGGAAAAUUCCGAUUCAGCCUGCUGGCCACUAUCCUCCUCAAAAACGACCCUCCUACUCUCGAAAUUAACGACUCCACCGUCUUAAGGGUCGUACAGGGCACAAAAAAGCUGAUAACGGGCGACGUUCUGAACGCCUUGGAUCCAGACAAUACAGCUUCGCAGUUGGUAUUCAACAUUCUGAAAUCGGAAACGGGUUACUUCGAGAACUUGCGAAAGCCGGGCGCGAAAAUCACAUCGUUUACGCAAGAAGACGUCGACAAAGAAAAAAUCAUGUACUUCGAUAAAAGCAGUUCGGGCGUUAACGAUUCCUAUAUAUCCCUUCAAAUAUCCGACGGCAUCGAAACAAGCAAAAUUUACAAAGUCCGCGUUUCGAUAGCGCCCCAAUAUUGGAGAUUGGAGAACAACACUGGAUUGGUUGUGCUCCAUCAAACUUCAUCGGUUAUAACUCCGCAGAAUUUAAGUUUUACCUCGAACGUUGGAAAUGUUGAUUACCGUGCCCAAUUUAGCAUUGUGAAAAAGCCGCAUUAUGGCGUAAUAGAGGUCGAGAAAUAUGGAAACUCGUGGGAAAUAUCCGAUGUUUUCUCCAGCAACGAUUUAAAACAACACAGAGUUAGAUACAAGCACACCAACUCCAAACCGGACUUUGACGAAUUCCAAUUUAAAACUUCAUUUGACAAAAGCUCAAUCUACACGUUUCGUUUAACUUUCGCAAAAUGCACGCUCCAAAAGAUAAAUUCCAACUCAAUUUCGUUGAACGACUUAUGGGAGACAGCCGUAACAACAAAUCACUUAUCUUUCGAAACGCAUCCGUUGAAAACAUUAACAUCCAUAGAUUACGUGAUUGUUAAGCCUCCGAUUUAUGGCUUCUUAUUUUCGGCCCUAUCGAAAUAUCGACUCAGAUCAUGUGAUAUGUUUAAGCAAGAAGAUUUGGCAUCGCAGAAUAUCAAAUACAAGUUACAUCAAAGGGGAUAUUCCGUUAUUGAGGAUAAUUUUACAUUCGUAGUGCUAUCGCCUGGAUGUAAUAACGUUACGGGCAACAUAACCAUAAAAUAUUUCCCUUCAAACGACUUAAAAUCAAAAGUUAAAGUAAAUCUAAGGACGUUAAAUGUGGAGGAAGGUUCCACAUCGCUUAUAGAUUCAAGUCAUUUACAUUUAAAAACCGAUUUUCUUAAAGAAAUAUUUUUUAAUGUAACCGAGAAACCAAAACAUGGUUACCUACUAGUUAAGAAAGGCGAACUUGUAAAAAACAACACAGAUUUCUUUACCAUCCAAGAGAUAACGAGCAACAUGCUGUACUAUGUUCACGACAAUUCGGAAACGAUUAAAGAUCACUUUAAAUUUUUAGCCUUAUCACCAAACGAACAGAGUUUUGAGUUUGUGGAAACUCUCCACAUAAACGUAGAGUUAAGAAAUGACAACAGCCCGACCAGAGCUGUUGACAAAGUUUUCCACAUUGUGGUGGGUGGCGAACGAGUUGUCACAGGCAACGAUCUACGAUAUACAGAUCUAGACUUGGGCACCUUAUCGUCUUCUAUCUCUUAUACAUGCCGGGAAUCACCCAACGGCGACUUUUACAAUAUCAAAAACCAAAGUACAAAAAUCACGGAGUUCACGCAAGAAGAUUUGGACAAUAAUAAAAUAGUUUUCAAGCACAAAGGACCCGAGUAUGGUAAAGUGAAGCUCACGAUAAACGACGGUAAAUUCUACGUUAACGGAAUUUUGGAAAUACAAGCGUCCGCUCCUUUUAUCCAUGCUGUAUUAACGAAAAAAAUCAUAGUGGAGCAAAAUAAAUUUGCUGUCAUAACCAAUGAACAAUUACAAUAUUCCACGAAUUUAUAUGCUAGCGACAGCGAUGUUUUUUAUGAAGUUGUCACCCGACCUCAUUCAGGAAAAAUAAUACUUACCAAAUCAUUAAAGGGAUUGGACAAUUUUACGCAAGAAGACAUCAACAUGGGAAGAGUUAGUUACCUGAACGAACAUUCAAAAAACAACGAAAAUGCAGAUGAAAUCUACAUAAGAGUCAGAUGCAAAGAUGCUGUUAAUGUAGCUCAAUUAGGUGUAUGGAUAUUGCCUUCAAUCUACUGGGAACCAUUGCAAGUGAAAAACGCUAAAAAAUUGUCAGUAGAAGAAUCAACAAGUGCUCUUAUAACGAAAAAAAUCUUAGAAGUUACGCAAAAUAACGUUCCGGCUUCAUCGAUAGUAUACCAUAUAAACGAAAUGCCUGACCAUGGAUACAUAACUAUAUUGUCGGAUGUAAAAAAUAGCCAUGAACCCAUAAAUGUGGUAUCGUUUAGCCAGGAUAUGGUGAACGAAAACAAAAUACUUUACAUACAAUCUGGAAGCAAUCAAACAAAAGAUAGAAUAACAUUCAAUGUCACCAACGGCAUAGUCUGGCAUAAUAAUAUUAGAAUAACAAUCGAAAUAAUCCCGGAAAAAAUUUACAUGGCCACCACGAAUCUUGUAGUUCAAGAAGGCGGCGUGUCAGUUAUAACAAACAGUCACAUAUACGUACUGACUGAUUACUACAAAUCAAAAAUAACUUCAUACAUGAUAUCAAAAGGGCCUCAAUUUGGCUGUGUACAAGUCCAUAAGCACUGCAUCAAAACUAACCUAUUUGCUCAAAAAGAACUGACUGCUGGCGUCAUAAAAUACCAGCACCAAGGGAGUGAAAACCACGAAGACGAAAUUGAAAUAAUAGCAAAAUCUGAUCAAAAGAAGAGCGUUCCAGUUGUAUUGAAAAUUAAUGUUGUUCCUUUGAAUAAUCAAAAACCCAAGUUGAUUAAUAAUACUGGAUUGACGAUGUGGGAAGGAGGGGUCGCUGUUAUCACCAACAAAAUGCUUGGCGCGAUUGAUGAAGAUAAACCUCCAGAAACAUUAAAGUACCACGUACAAACUUGCUGGUGGGGAGUUGUCUCCCUGCUAUCAGAAUCCAGCUCCACAAUAAACUACUUCACACAAGACCUACUGAAUAAAGGAAUGGUGGUCUUCAAACAUCAAAAUGGUACCGAGGGUCGUUUCAAGUUCAACAUCAGUGACGGCGUUCAUACAACAAAAGACUACAUGUUUCUAAUCAAAACCAAACCAGUGCAAGUCAAGUUAACUAGCAACGCCUUACACAUAUUCCCUUUGCAGAGAAAAUAUAUAUCGGCGACAAAUCUAUACACAUUUAUCUCCGAUCCCGAAAGAGAGGCUCAUUAUGAAAUAACCACACCCCCAUCGCUUGGAAGACUUAUGAUGGACACAGGAGGCGUAAUCAAAGUUGUUUCAGCAUUCACACAAGAAGAUUUAAAUAACAGCAGAGUCUAUUAUGAGCACACCCAUCAGUUCUCGGAUUUGUACGCAAACGACUCUUUUGUUUUCAACGUGAAAGCUCACUUAGCACCAAAGUUAUUAAAUCGGGUGUUUAAAAUCGAUAUUUCAGUCUCAUCUGGUGGUCUAGACGCUUACGUGAACAUCCCCAAAAUAGCUUUAGAUGAAGGAGCAAUGACCAACAUAAUACUUAACUUAUCUGGAGUUGUAACCUUUUUGGAAAGCCAUGCUGGUUUAAGGGCGCCAAUAAUACACGCAGCUGCAAGUCAGCCUCAGCAUGGACAAGUUUUUUUGCAAAAUAACCAAUCUUUUACGACUUUUACGCAACAACAGUUAGAGUCCGGCCAGGUGUAUUACGAGCACGAUCAUUCCGAUUCUUUGGGUGAUAAUUUACAUUUUUCUUUGUAUUUGCUACCCGGUUACGUUAUCUUGUGCAAUAUUACUGUGCCUGUAAUUAUUAACCCUAUAAACGAUCAACCGUUUCAUUUGAUUACCCCGGCUCCAAGUCUGACUGUUGUGCAAGGGGAGAAUCACACAAUCACCAGAAAGGAGUUGGCAACUGAAGAUGCCGAUACGCCCCCGGCAAAAUUAAAGUAUAUAUUGAUAUCGGCCCCUUCGCAUGGGAAAUUAGUUUUAUUACCCGAUAGGGAACCUACAAUGUACUUUACACAAGCCGAUAUCGAUGAUAACAGAUUGAUUUAUAUGCAUGAAGGCUCAGUAUUAAAGGAUUCGUUCCAUUUUAGAGUGUGGGACGAAAAGUUUAGACCGGAAUUCACUCUAUUUAACAUAAUGGUGAUACCUAUUAACAUAACCAUCACCCCAGGACUUCCUGUUUUAAUUCAGCAAGGCUCAGAUGUGGUGUUCCUUUCAGAAAACCAAUUCUUUAUUGAAACAAACGCGGAUAAACAUAAAGUUAGGUAUACGAUAAAAGUACCACCUAAACAUGGAGUAUUAUAUGUAAAAGACAAUCCUGUCACCUCUUUCACCCAUGAGGAUAUAAGGGAUGUAAGUGUUAUGUACCUGCAAACAGAUAUGACGACCGCCAAUGAUACUUUCAAAGUAUUUGGGGAAAUUAAAUCAGGAGAUGCUUCCUAUGGAAACGAAAUUGAGGUGUUUAUGAAGGUACAGCCUUUAAUGCAGAUCCAUAAUUUUACUGUGCUAGCAGGCGAAUUGAACAAAUUAACUUUAAAUGUACUGGACGCCACACCUUUGACGAAACUAACGUUGAACAGUAACUCUAGGUAUACUGUGUUAAAUCUACCUCAAUAUGGGCAAAUCAGGAAAAUAAUAAGGAGUUCGGGGGAGAAAACAAAUAUAUUGGAUACGGCUGUGUCCAGUUUCUCCCACGAAGACAUACAGAGUGGUCUUAUUUACUUACAAGUCAAAGAUGUCGAGAUACCUUGGAACGGUUUGCAGGAUAGGUUGGUGUUUAUGCUGGCCGCCAGUAUAUUCCAGCCAGCGAUUGGUGAGCUCAAAAUAUUUAUAAGAUCCUCAUUGGAUAACGAAAUUUAUUCAACCCUGGCUGGACCUAGCGACCCAGCAGGCCACGAAGGUGGUCUUCAUCUUGCUAGUCCCAACAUGACCAGAGACUAUUUACUCAUAGUUAGUAUGGUGGUUGGAGUAAUCGUUCUUGGAAUAGCAGUUAUCAUAAUAAUUAAGUGCAGAUCCCUGGAAGUGGAGGAGCUAAACAAAGAGGAACAGUGCAUGCAACCUAUACCUCUACCUAGACCACCUGAUAGGUUAAUGUCUUCAUCGCCCCCUCUGAAACAGCACAUGGAUGGUUUUUCCACCCCUUUGUCCACAGCAUUGCCCCAAUGCAAAGUGACGCCUUUGAGUAGAAGCGACUUAGAUUCGAAUGUUUGUUAUCCGUAUGGAGUGGAGGAGAAUCCAGAUGAUUGGAGUAGUUGUGACGCAUCGGAACCGCCCUGUCCCAGCAAAAAUAUUAUGCUACGUAGGAACCAGUAUUGGGUUUGAUAGACUUUUAUACAUACCCCGUAUGUACAUGUGUGAAUUUCUUUUAUAAUCUUUUUCAUAUAGACAAUUUUUUAUACAAAUUAGGUUUUAGUGGUUAGGAUCAAGUCAUACCACCUAUUUAUUUAUAACCUUCUUAUAUACUAUAUAAUUAUAUACAUAUUUAAAGCGUACAUACAUAAAUACUAUUUUUAUUUAUUUAUUAUGUAAUCCAUAAAGACCAAAACAAUACAGUUGUGUGACUUCAUUCUAAUAUUGUUUUUAAUAUAUAAAGAUUAUGCUAUAGAAUGUAUCAGCACAAGGUGUUAUAUGUUUUAUCAGGUUUGUUUAAAACAAAUAAAAAACAUACGAUUUUUAUUGAGGGCUUUAUUUCAAAAACAAUUAUUAUUAUUUUAAAAACAACUUAAAUACUAUCAAGUCUUAAUUCUAACAUACAAGUCAAAAUGAAUUCGGAAUGUACUCUUAUAUAUCACAAGACGUAAGUCGUAAGUUUAUUUAAAGAGCAAAUCCUUAAAAAAAAGUGUUAUUACUAGAAAAUCACAGUAAAAAAAUAAAAAGAAGCCGUAAAACUAAUUUUUUUGGAGACUGGGUAAAUUAUAUAGAUCUUGAACCUUGGAUAUUUCUUCAAAAGGACGCUUGGAACGGAUUCCUAUUGUAGUGAGUCUCUUUCGAGGAUCCUCACACAACAUUUCCUUGAGUAUUUUAUACUAAAACAUCAUCCGGUUAUUAAAUGUUAAAUUCCACCUCAAAUAUUCUUACCUCAUUGGGAAAUUUAUCUUUAAAAUACGACGGAAAUUCGCCCUUUCUAAGCUGAGACAAAAUUUUAAACCGUUCCAUAUCAGUGGAAAAUGGCACGAGUAAUUCAAAAAAUAUUAAUCCUAACGAAUAAAUGUCCACUUUAUAGUCGUAAUUUCCGUUUUUUAAUUGCUCGGGACUCAUGUAAAGCUGCGUUCCCACCUCAAUGGUAUGACCAUUGGAAAUAAGACUUAUAUUCUUCUUGGUCUCAUCUAGAGAAUCCUCAACGUCUUUAACCAAACCGAAAUCGCCGACUUUGAUUUGGCCGUCGAGAGCAAAAAAAAUAUUGCUCGGCUAAAACAUAUACAGGUACUUAGUUUAUUUUCGUUAUUCUAUAGGCGUGCGAUUUACCUUUAAAUCUCUAUGUAUUAAACCUCUGAGAUGCACGUACUCAACAGCGUUAAGUAUUUGUAUAAAGAUGUUCAAAGAAAACUCAUAAUUUCUUUCUUGGUUGUUAAUCAGCCACUCUUUAAGGCUUUCUUGUUUACACAGAGCCAUUAAUAUGUACAAAAACGUGGGUUGUUGGAUAAUGCAGUCGGCAUUAUCCCACGAGUGAUGUUUUCUACUGGGCUUGCGCCAGUUAAUUUUUUUGCUCACAUGAUCGCUCAUAUUGACCCCGGUGGAUUUGGUGGAGUCGGAACAAAUAGUUUCCGAACUAUUUUUCGUCGAGCUAGCAGAAGACUCGACUUGCCCUUCAUUGGAAGCGCUGCCGAAGACAAUAAACGAAUCGUCAUCGUUUGUUUCAUCAAUAAAACUAAGAGAUUCGUCUUUUUUAUACCCUGGUAUAUCAAUACUGAUGGAUGCGGACUUUUUACGCAGAUGCGACGGUUCGGUCCUUGUUUUGGUUUUGUACGCCGAAUAACCGCCUGUAUUGGUGGUGUCGCUAAAAUUUUAAUCAUAAAUGUAUUUACUUAUUUUUUGUUUGGUUGAAAAGACUUACGCAACGUAGUUUUUAUCGUGAUCCUCCCUCCAGCCAAUUGGUGGCCUUUCGAGCCACGAAUAAAAAUAUCGCACGAUAUUUUGAUGCUCCAGCUUGGCCAAAGCCUUAACCUCCCUCAUUACGCGAUCCUUGGACUUGGUUUCGUACGGCAGAGUGAUCCUUUUGAUGGCGUAAGAACACUCGUCGAUUUUGGAUUUGACUUCGAAAACAACCCCGAAACCCCCCUUACCCAAACAACGAACCGUAUCGAAAUCCUGCAAAUAGCGCGACUGAAAAACUUCCAAAUCGGACUCGCGCUCCGAAGUCCUUCGUUCGACUGUAGGAACCUCAAUUUGCCGUUCGACAUAAAUGACUUCCUUUUUGGGCGCGCGCGUCCAAUACUUCAAAGUUACGUUGACAAUCACAGUUGUUACCGCUAUUAAAAUGAACUCCUUCCACCAAGUUAAAGCGUACUCGACUAUAUCCUCUUCUUGCGACGUUAAACGGACAGCCCUGUAACGCCCUCCUCUGUAUCCUCAUCAACUGCCGGUACGGGCUUCCAAGGGAUUUUCGCUAUACUUUUAGACUCGACCACCACCACAUCGUUGCUCCCCUUGCCUUGCAGGAUAUUCUGCAUCACAACCGACUCGUGGAUGUACAGCUGCUUUUUGUGCAUCCCUAUGUAUAUGGCGGGCGCAAAAUUGGGCGACAGCGCGCUAGGAACGUUUUUAGGGGCGAACAAGUUUACAUCAGUGAACUUUUGUCCAUCCCACUUCCAAACGCUUACGAUGGGAGUAUCGAAUUUGUAUUGCCAAUUGAAAUUUUUACCGGCCGCCUUAAGAAUGCCCUCCGGCAAAAUGGCCGUGAUGUUAAGAUCUACCGGUUUUGUUUUAUCGACACACGAAAGGGCUGUUAUGUGGACGUUAUUUAGUCCUACGCUGAAAUUCCACCUAAAAUCAGUUUAACAUUUGAAUUUUUCGCCCUCUACAGUCAGUUUAUACUCAUACUCCACUCUCAGCUUAUUAUUAAUAAGUUGGUUUAGUUUGGUGAGAGUUGUGCAACCAAAUGUAAGUGUUUUUUUGUGCAUUUUAUUGUCAUGAUUUUCAUGAAAUUUUUUUUAUUUCCUUUG